AUGUCGACAACUGCUUUUGAGUUUGAUGGAGCAAAGUUUGUCACCAACAAUUACUCAGCUAUUCUGGAUAACGAUGAAGCUCCAAAAGAGUUUCAUCUUAUUCAAGAUUUCUUGGCUCACACGACUGUUAGGAAGGCUCCUCAUCUUCCUGAAGAGAAGAAGUAUGAUGCUUCAGUACCCCCUCAGACCUUGCGAGACAUGAUGAUUUUUCUUGGGUAUUCUGCUAGCACAGACAAGAUGGGGGAACUUAAGCGUCCACACCUCUGCAAGGAGUGGAGCUUUUUCUAUGACUGCAUAACCAGGGCUUUUGGCAACAAGUGCAGCAAUUUUGAUGCCAUUCCCAUUUUCAGUCAGCAGAUCGGAUUUUGUCAGCUUAUAUUUUCUUACUGCUUCCCUGAUGUGCCUAUUCCUGAAAAUGGAAAUGAACUUCCAUUUAAGAUCACCAAAAGAGCUUUUACUGAUCUGAUUAAGAAAGAUAGUAAGAAGCCAAAUGCACCUGUAUUUGCUAUUCCUGUGACUGUACAGGAUAAAUUGAAAGUAGCUUUACCUGACAAGUAUGAAUCUUUAUUCUCUGAUGAGAAUAUCCCACAGCCUCCAUCUCCUGCUCAUGAACCAGUUGCAAAAUCUGACCCCAAACCAACCUCUGGUUCUUCCCAACAAGGACCAGUUGAAAAAUCUUCACCAAAAAGGAUACUCAGAUCCACCAAAUCCCCAACCAAACCCUCACCUCCUCCUAGGAAAAGAAGAUUUCUACAGAAAAUUUCAGACCCUGAAUCAGAUGAAGAAAUCCCUCCUCCUCCACCAGCAAAGAAACUGAGAAAGAAAAUCAAGCCAACCACUGUUACUGAUCUGACUGUGGAGCCACCUCAGUCAGAGGAUCCUGAACAAGCCUUGAUUCCAUUCUCUGAUAAAUCUGCAGAGCCAAUAUUGAUUGAACCUCUUUCUGCAAUGCCACUUGACACAACUGCAGCUGACAAACAAAUGUCAGAGUCAACUUAUGAUCACAAUGAUCAGACAGAGGGAAUCAAGUCUGUUGAAGAAAGAAUUGUAGCUGAUACUCAUAUAUCAGAAAGACCCUCUGAUGCUCCAAGCACAUCAGAGGAUGCACAGAUAGAAAUGGUCCUCCAGCUAAUUCAGGAUUCUCUGGUUCAACCUGAAGACAUAGUUUCAGCUCCUGCUCAGGAGAUUCACAUGGCUGAAAACUCUGAGGCAGCUACUGAAGCUCUGGAGUCACAUACUCUGAGUGUUUUUCUUGAUGCCAUUGAUGAUGAUGAAGUAACAGAAGUUACAUCAACUCCCAUUCAAGCUCCUGGUCUACAAUCUAUAAUCUCUGAGCCAGUCAGAGAAACUACACCAGAAAGGGUUGAUUCCCCAAUUAAGGCACUGUCACCAGUCAGGGAAUCCUCUCCUUUUACAGCUCCUGGAGUUCCAGGUUCCCCACUUCCAUCCUCUGAGCCUGCCAGAAGAAGAAUCUGCCACUUAUCUUAUAAUCACAGGAUGUGCAGAACUACAUCUCCUUCUGUUGAGGACAGACUUACUUCUAUUGAGGCCACUCAGACUUCAAUGCAGUAUACUCUGGCGGAUUUGAGUGCUUCUGUGGCACAGCUGGUUCAGGUUCUCACCUCUGCUGAUGUCAAAAAGGGGGAGAAAACAUCCAAAUACAAAUGCAAACCUGAUCAGCAAAUAAAAAGGAAAAAGCCAGAUGAUGAUGAGGAAGAAAAAGGGGAGAUGAACAAACAUCAAAAGCUGCUGCAGAUCGAAGAAACAAAGAGGAAUAGUAAAGAAGCAGCAAGCUCUGAGAGACCACCCAGAGAAUCUCAAAAACAGAAAUCUGUGGAAUUGACUGUCAUGACUCAAGCUCAGAGUAUAAGUAAAGCAGUCAGAGAUUCAAAUGCUAUAUCUAAAGAGAUAAAUCUUGUGAACUCUGAGGUGGAAAAGAAGAAAGAGAAAUUGAUUGCUGAAGCUGACAAGUUGAUUGAAGCUGGAGACCCUGAGCCUCAGAAAUUUUGUCAAACUCUAAAACCAAGAACCAGAUCUCAAACUCCACCUGAGUCUGACGCAAAAGACAAAGGAAAGAAACCAGUUGAUGUAGUUCCUCCAGUUCCUUCUAUGCCAAAGAAGUCAAUAAUUACAUUAGCACCAGAGGAUCCUACUAAGAGGAUGAUCAAGCUGAGCAAGAAUGUACACAUAAUUGCUAAUGUCUCUGAUCAAGCAGAAGGAAAGGAAGCUGGAUUGGUCAGAAGAAGAAAAGGUUAA